AAGAAAAGAAGAAAAAAGGGCCACCGCUGCACCUCACCGACGCCGCUGCUUUACUCCUUCACAUCCCUAUUAUCGCCGUCGUCUUCUGUUUUUCUCAGAACUGGUAUACGCAGUUAUAAUGGAGCCAGCAAAUAUCAGAGACGUAUUAACUUCGUUCAGUCCAUCGUUGGAUUUCCUUGCUAUCAGUUCCGGCGACGGUCGAAUUAAGAUAUGGGACACUAUUAAGGGCCAGGUGCAGACGGACUUUGCAAAUAUAGUGUCAACUGAUGAAACGGACUUUUUCGCUAAACCUGAAGGUGGACACCUGUCAGUUGAUUAUACUUGCAUGAAAUGGCUAUCCUUGGAGAAAAAGAAAAAAAGGAAGCUUCGAAGUUCGUUGCUUAUUUUAGGAACUGGGGGUGGUGAUGUUCUAGCUUUGGAUGUCUCUGCUGGUCAAUCAAAGUGGAGGGUUAGUGAUUGCCAUCCUGGGGGUGUCACUGCCAUCUCUUCUCCUACAAAUGGAUCAUGUGUAUAUACGGCUGGUGUUGAUGGGAUGAUAUGUGAACUUGAUUCUAUGACAGGGAACUUGUUGGGCAAAUUUAGAGCCUCUGCGAAAGCUAUAUCUUCAAUGUCCGUUUCAUCAGAUGGGAAGCUUUUAGCAACGGCAGCAGCUCAAUUAAAGAUUUUUAGUUGUUCGGACCACAAAAAGAUGCAGAAAUUUUCUGGGCAUCCUGGGGCAGUUCGGUGUAUGACCUUCUCUGAUGAUGGUAAGUAUGUACUUUCAUCUGCUGUUGGCGAGCGAUAUGUUGCAGUUUGGGAAGUAGAUGGCAGCAAAAAGAAAUCAGCUUGCUGUGUUCUUGCAAUGGACCAUCCUGCCAUCUUUAUAGAUAGCAAGUGCAUAGGCACUGCAGGUGUAGCCAACUCAGGUCUAUCUGUACUUGCCAUAUCAGAAAUGGGUGUUUGUUACUUAUGGAGUGGAGCAAAUAUUAAGGAAUUGCACAAUUCCAAGUCCACAAAAGUCACAGUAUCUACGGAGGACAGUCUUUCGAAGAAUUACAAGGGUGCAGUCCCUACCAUAUUCUCUGGAAAAUUACAGAAUUUUUCCAAGCCUGUGACUGGGCAUGUUUUUCUUGCCCAUGGUUUGCUGAUAAAGCCAUCCUUUGAGAAAAUCUCAAUACAGUGUGGUACAGACGUAAAGCUAACCAGUUCCAUGGAUGGAAUUCUUUUACCUCUGACCCAGUCUCAAAAGUCCAAAAAAGGGUUCGAAAACCAGAAUCACAUUACAGCUUUAGACCGUGCAAAUACUGAAGGCGCCUUGCUUCCAGUUACCAAGAUUUUUAAUGUUGUUGAUGCCGAAAGCAGAGCCAUGCCUUCAUCAACUAAAGAUGACGCUGAAGCGGAUCAAGUUACCAUAUGCCUGGAAGAUCAGUUAAGAGCUGAAGGCAUCCUCAGCAACGAUGAUGACCUUACAUCUAACACGAUGCUAUUAUCCAAGCUUUUGAAGGGUUUCAAUCUUGAAGCUAACGUAUCACAAAAACAGAUGAGAGUAGCUGUUCAAUCUAUGAUACCCAGUGAUGCCUUUAUGUUGUUGGAAGUAUUGUUGGGCAUGUGGCAAUCAAGAUCAUUAGAUGGGCAAUACAUUCUUCCAUGGGUCUGCUGCUUAUUAGUGAAUCACAGUGACUAUGUGAAAUCUCAAGAACCUGCAUCACGACUACUAGAUUCAUUGUACAAGCUUUCAAAGUCAAAAAGUGAGGUCAUUCAGUCUUUACUGCAGUUGUCAGGACGCUUGCAACUAGUAACAGCUCAGAUCAAUAAGGCGGCUGACAAAAGUCAAAUUUUGAAACAAGAAGAGGAAGAAAGUGAAGUUGAAGAUGAAGAAGAAUUACUUUAUGAUGAAGAAGAUGAAUCAUCUGAAAAUACUAGUGAUGACAAUAACUAGGUCAGUUUCAGACAAAAAACAUAGGCUUUGUUUUCUUUAUUUCAUAUCAUUUUCCUAUAAAGAAAUGAUAUUUUGGAGGUAUCUUAGUAAUUUAGAAAUCUUUCCAUCAUCAUUAAAUCCUAAGUUAAUUAGGGCACGUUCUAAAUGAGCCUCCAGUUUUUUUGCCUA